GUCAGUCAGUCAGUCGAGUCGGUGUAACUGUACUGUGUUGUGAGUGACGGCGAGCGUAACGCGCACACACACACACAGCGGCUCGGUGAGGCACCGUUUCCUUUCGCUCCGUCUCCCUUUUCUCUCUGUGUCUCAGUUUCUCGUUUUGUCGCUCGAACCCGCAGCUCGUCCGUCCGCGUGGAUCCGCCGUCCGUCCCGCUGCUGGAGGAACCGCCGCGCCUCGCACUCGCAGGUGAUGCGCGUGCCGGACCAUCAUGCCCAAGGCGCCCUGCUGCCCCCCCCCGGAGUGUGAGGGCCGCUGAGAGCCGCCGCCGCCGCCGCCGCUAGCAUGGAGACACCCUUCUACCACGAUGACACUGCUGACGUCCCGCAGCUGCAGCCGGUGGCGCAGUACGGCAGGCACGGUGGCCACAAGGCCGUGAGUAAGAGGAGCGUGGCGCCUCAGGGCUUCGUGGCGCCUGUGGGCGGCGCUCCGGGGCUCAAGCUGCUGCAGGGGCAGCCGGGCGCCGAGUGCGGCGCCAGCCCCGGCGGCGUGGGCGGGGACGCGGGCGCCCCCCUGCUGACCGGCCCCGACAUGAGCCUGCUGAAGCUGGCGGCCCCUGACCUGGAGCACCUGAUCAUCCACUCGGCCCAUGGCCGGGGGGCCGGCAGCCCCGCCCCCGCCUCGGCCUCCGGCAGCAGCUCGUUCCUGUACCGCAACCAGGUGACCAACGAGCAGGAGGGCUUCGCCGACGGCUUCGUCAAGGCCCUGGCCGACCUGCACAAGCAGAACCAGCUGGUGGGGGCGCCCAUGUCGCCGUCCCUGCCGGUGCAGAGCGCGUACCCGCGCAACGUGUCCCUUCCGGCCGAGAUGCCCGUCUACACCAACCUGAGCAGCUACGGCGCGGCGCAGCUCCCGGCCGGGGGCGCGUACCCCGCGGGGCCCCUGGCGUACUCCUCCGGCGCCGCUCAAGGGCGGUGCCCCGACGAGCCGCAGAUCGUGCCCGAGGCGCCGCACCCCCCCGGGGACCCGGCCGGCCCCUCCCCCCAGGCGCUGUCGCCCGUCGACCUGGAGACCCAGGAGCAGAUCAAGGCGGAGCGGAAGCGGCUGCGCAACCGCAUCGCGGCCUCCAAGUGCAGGCGGCGCAAGCUGGAGCGCAUCUCGCGGCUCGAGGAGAAGGUGCGGGCGCUCAAGGGCCAGAACGCCGAGCUCGCCUCCACCGCCGGCCUGCUCCGCCAGCAGGUGGCGCAGCUCAAGCAGAAGGUGGCCAAUCACGUCACCAGCGGCUGUCAGAUCACCGUGGGUUCGGUGGCGCCGGCCAAGAGCGUGGAGGCGCCAGGCUGCUGAGCGGGGCUUCCGCUCGCCGCAUUCGCACCCGUGGCAAACCAAACUGGUGACCUUCUGCCUCGUGGUUUCGCAGUCCUGCCGGGGGGGGGAGGGGGUGAGCUCCGUGGUGCGCUCCGUGGUGCGCAGCCGCGGCAACCUGGUCACGCACACCCUAUGGAUUUGCCCCCGGUCGCUCGGCAAGGGGCGGAGUCCGGCCAGCGGCGUGAACUCGGAACAAAGGUUGAAGAGAACGAAGCUUCGCGUCACCGCCCCCCCCCCCCCCCCCCCCGGACGGACACGCGUGUUCUCCGUGCAGAGCCCAUCUGGCCGCAGUGGCGCUGGAGACGUCCCGUAUCCAGCGUCCAGCUCAGCUUCUCUGCACCUCGUCGCUGACAAGAGCUCCGCUUUUACCGCGUUCAGCCUUUGAAUGGGAGGCGAUGCUGGUACAAGUGAUCAGUUAUUGAGCUUUCUGAGUAUUUUCAAUAUUAAUAUUUCCUGGUUUGAGUUCCCUGUGUCCAGCAUCCCGGAGCAAACGGUUCCUCGCGUGGGGUUUACUCUGGAACGUAUCGUACGUUUCUUGUUGGACGACGCGUGUGCAUUUCAAAAUAAGUUGUGAAAAGCUAUUAAUUUUCGAAACCUUUAACACUCUUCGAAGAUGUCUUUCUUUUGUACUUGACACAAAUAUUAUUGGACCAAAUGGAAAUAAUUUAUUAUUACAUGUGCUAUACUGAGCAGGCAAGCAGCUUGUUUACUUUAGAGAUGUGCUGUUGUGGGUAAAUAAGAGUGUAAGUGUGUGACACUCUUGGCCAGCGGCUCUGUGCUGCGUCGCCGUUCCACUAAAAAUUAUUGUAUCCCUGUAUGAAAUAUGACUUGUUUACCUCUGUCCUCGGCGCUCCUUUUCUCUGUGCUCGUCUCUCUCUCUCUCUCUCUCUCUCUCUCUCUCUCUCUCUCUCUCU